AUGCAACGCCUGAACGCCCUCAUUCGAUUAGGCUCCUCUGGAUUUUCGACUAUACAAAAAAUCAACAACCGACCUUUUCUCGUCCAAAAGUCUUUAUUUUUAUUCAAAGACCAAGUUAGUCUUAAUUCAUUAACUUUUCCUCAUGUUUAUCUUAGAUGAGGAAUUGCAGUGAUUCUGUAAUUUUUGACAUCGAGUCGGUCGAGGAUUUCACCGAUAAAGUAAGUUCACAAUGGACUUAAACUUGAGAUAACUUUUCUUUCAGGUUAUCAGCUCAUCCGUCCCAGUCAUAGUGGACUUUCACGCGGAAUGGUGUGGCCCUUGCAAGGCUCUCGGACCGCGUUUGGAAGAAAAGGUCUAUUUUCUAUGUCAUACUUACUUGAAAAAAAAAAUAUUUCAGGUCUUGGGCCGAAACGGCGAAGUUCUACUUGCUCGAAUAAACGUUGAUUAUGCCGGAGAACUUGCCACUGAUUACGGAAUCUCUGCAGUUCCCACUAUCAUUGCUUUCAAAGUAUUGUUGAAAAAUCUCAACUCAGCCUUAUAAGUUUUACAGGGCGGCGAAAAAAUUGGCGGAUUUACUGGCGUUUUGGACGACGAACAGCUCGAUGACUUUAUUGAUAAUGUUGCAAAUUAG